UAGUACGCUCACCAAGAUGUAAUGGCGGCGAAGAAGCUAGAUCCAGACAAAAGUCUUCCUUGGGGCUUGUCCCCAGAAGGGUUAGCUCCUGGAUCGAUGAAGACGAUCUCACAGAGCAAGUUGAAGUCUUUUUCUAUCGGCAUGAUGAACGCUGGACUGAAGAAACCCGUUAAAUCAAAGCAGGAUGCUGAGGAGAAGAAAAAGAAAGCAGAAUCAGAGUGUGCAGAAGUGUUUGCAGAUUUUGUGGCAUCAUUUGAAGAUUCCCGAGUGGCUGGUAAAACUUUUGUACGUGGUAACACGAUCAACCCUGAAACAAAAGAGGAAACUGCUUCAGCGCAAGCUGGAGCAUUGUACAAGCCAAUGGCAAAGCUGUCUGCUACUGUUAUGGAACAGAAAAUUAAGACUGAACUGGCUCCACCCAAGUUGGAAUUAAAGAAAAAAGCCAAAGAGAAGGAAAAGAAGAAGAGUAACUUAGAAAUCUUUAAAGAAGAAUUAAAAAGGUGAAUAUGGAACAUUAAG